AUGUCCGCAGCCAACGCGCUCAUCACGCGCUUCAAAUUCGACAAGCUCCUCAACCAAGACCAAGGCGGCCGCCGCAUCAUCCUGCAAGGCCGCAUAGGCGGACAACCCGCCCUGCUCAUCGCCGAGCGCGGCGCCUUUGGCACCGACGAGUACUACCUGUCCUCCUUUUCGCGCCUGCUGCUGCACGUCAACAACCUCGGGCAGAACGACAUUUACCGCUGGUAUUUGGCCAACAGUCUGCCGGACAAUACGCUUGAUCAGCCCACGCCGCCGGAUGUGAAGAUUAAUUUGAUUUAUCCGUGCACGGAGAAGCAUGUGAAGAAGUAUUCGUUUCAGCAGUUUCGGGGUGUGAGUGAGAGUGCCGAGGUGUAUGGCAAGUAUGUGCGGCCGUACAUGAGCAGGUGUCGGGAGGAGGGGAGGUUAGAUUGGGUGUUCAAUAUUAUUGAAGGGAGGGCGGAGCAGGAAGAUGUUCUCUAUCGAUCCAAGGAAAGCGAUAAGAAUGACGACUACCUCCUCCUGCCGGAUCUCAACUGGGACCGGAAGACUGUGGGCAGUUUACAUCUGCUGGCCCUCGUGACGAGGAGAGACAUCUGGAGUGUGCGCGAUCUGAAGAAGAAGCACGUGCCGUGGUUGCGGAAGUUACGGACGACGCUGGCCGAUUCGGUGGCGAAACUGUACGAGGGUGUGGAGGCCGACAUGCUGAAGUUUUACGUGCACUACCAACCCACGUACUACCACUUUCAUGUGCACAUUGUGCAUGUGAAUUUGGAUGCGGCGGCGACGCAGAGUGUCGGCAAGGCACUGGGGUUGGACCAUAUCAUCAGCCAACUGGAGACGAUGGGCGGCGGCGACGAAGCGGGUAUGGCUGAUGUCGAGUUGAGCUAUACGCUGGGCGAAGCGAGUGAGCUGUGGGAACAAAUCUUCCUCCCAUUGAAAGAAGGAAGGGAGCCGACAGUCAACGCAACAGGAGGUGGAAACUGA